AUCUGUGUUUAAUGCAAUAAAACAUUUAUUCAGUAAAAAAAAAAAGCAGUUACGGUGCAUCACUCGUUGAGCCCGUGAACAGUUAGUUACAUGUAGGUCGUUUAUUCUAUUAAUAGGAUGUCUUUUUUAUUCACACAUUGUGCGCGCUUUGUGAAGGAUAUGAUCAUUCAACUGUUCAUUGCAAGUACUUUUUGAUAGCCACGAGUUACUUUUCUUUGACUGCAACUCUUCUGUGUUAUCCCUAAAGGGCUGUGCAUGGAACACUGUAUUGAGUAAAAUAUGGAUGCAAGAAACGUGAGAUGCUGUCUGUGCUGGUUUCUGUGUCUAGGUGCCAUUAAUUUCCUUGUUGCCCUCCUAAUAGCAUACAGAACACUCACUGGUGAAUGUGAACCUGAAGUCUGCCAUGAACAUGGAACCUGUCUGACGAACAAGGAUGGCUUUAAAUGUCACUGUGAUGAUGGGUACAUAGGGGAUCAGUGCCAGUUUAUGGAAUACAUGCCUGAUCCUGCUAUCCUCCGUCGUAAUGACACAAACUCUACUGAUUCCAUACAAGGGGUAACCUAUAACCCGUUAUCUAAUGGUUCGGUUGUUAUCGUCAUGUCAACUACACCUGCCCCAUCUACGCAUUCACCAGAAGUGGUGCGGGCGAAAUUGAGGGAUCCAGGAUUUACUUCUGAUUACUGGGCCUUCAUUAUUGUAUAUGCAGUUUUUAGCACUGCCAUUUUCCUGCUUGCAUUCCUACUACUGAACCUUUGUCAAAAGAAGUUGUCCAAGCAGUCCCAAGGUAAAGAUUACUAUGGAAUCCAGUUUAACCCAGAAGCCCAGACAGAGGAGGAAAUGCGAAGUCAGAUGAGACAUUUGGUUUCAGAUGCAAGUGGACUAGAUGUUGUUACUUAAAGGAUCAUAACCAUAAACAUCCCAAGGAAAUUGUCUUCUGAAUUGUGCCAUAUUUUAGGAAUUUUACCGUUGUUCUAGUUCAGAGAUUUUGAGACCAUAGCAUUGCUUAUUUUAUGCUUUUAUUUGUAUUUCAAGUUUUGACAGUGCCAUAAGAAAUGUUUUUUUCCAUUGUUUUUAUCAAUAAUAAUUUUUGGUCAGUUUACUUUGCUAGUUAGUUAUCUGAUUUUUAUUUGUUUCUCAUGCAAGAUUUUGAUUUACAUUUAAAGGAUUUUUCUUUUGCAAUUUACAAUUUGACAUAUUGUCUAGUGUUUUAUUUCUUCAGUAUUUGUGUUAAGUGUGUGUUGUAUUUUUUUUCCAGCAUACACUUUCUGUUAUAUUUUAGCUGAGAUUAAAAAACACUUUGAUUUGAAAUGUCAUUAAACAAUCAAAAGCUUGCAAAUCAAGUGCCAAAGUUUGAAACCUCUGUUAUUUGAAUAUGGGAUGUAACUUUAUCCUAUUGUCCAAUUUUACUGAAGUUACAAUGUAUUUAAAACUCUCCAGAGAACUUGUGAAUUUUUUUUUUAUCAAAAUGGCAACUAGCUUUGAAUAGAUAAUGAUUAAGAACAAAAUAAGAUGGCUACCUUGCCAUCUUGUUUGAAUGAUAUAUUUUAUGUAUCUUUAAUUUUAACAAGGUGUCAACCAUUAGCCUUUGUUGAAAGAAGUAGGUUAAGUAAAAGUUCUAUUUUUGCCCUAAGACCCAGCUGGUUACAUGAAAUUUACCAAAUAUCUCUUCAUCAACCAAACAAUGCAAGGAAACUCGUAAGCAAAUAAAUCUAUUAAUAAUGUGUAACAUCACAAUCAUUGAUAAUGUACAUACUUAUAUAUAAUCAACAUGAUCAAGAAGUUUUUGAGAUGUACUGAGAUCUAAAUACUGGUGCAUUUGUACGUUAGGAAAAGUAGGUGGGACUUCAAAUUUGGAAAUAUCCACGGUAUUUGAGGAAGUGCUCUAUUGAAUUGACAGUAAUUUACAUAAUAUCUGCAAUUGUUUUGAAACAUAAGUGUUAAUCAUACCUACUUCCUUACUUUUGAGUACAAACUACGUAUGUACAGAAACUGAGAAAAUGCUCUUUUUGUUAUCAGGGAUUUUUAAAGAUUUUCUUUUUCUCAUGUCCAAUCACUAUUUUGGACAUUAUGUUGAGGACACAUAGAAAAGCGAUGUAGCACAUCCUUAACAGAGGAUGUCCACAGUAAGUUUGAUGAGUGUUUUACUUUGAUUUGAUUAUAUUCCAUUAAUUUUGCAUUUUAAUACAGUUCUCUUUAAAUGUUUUGUUUGCUUACGUAUGAGGGUAUGAAAAUGUUAAGACGCGUUGUACAUUGUUAGUUUUCGGAUUCACAGGUUGGUUUUUCUAAAAUGAAAUAAAAUUUCUCCACAAAAUGA